AUGCGUGAAUUGACAGAGGAAGAAGCCACCGUGCUUUUCAAGAAGCUCGCCCAUUACACUGGCCGCUCUCUCAAUAACUUAAUCGCACCCCCAGAAGGCGAGAAUUCAGAGCGCCAUGUUUUCCGCCUCCAAGGCUCUCGCGUCUUUUACCUUCCUCUCCGACUAGCGAAUUUCGCAACUUCCAUUCCCCGCGCAAACUUAUUAUCUGCGGGUACCAUUAUUGGUAAAUUCACGAAGACGAUGAAGUUCAGACUUCACAUCACCGCUCUAUCUGUCAUCUCGGGGCACGCCCGGUACAAGGUCUGGAUCAAGCCUAACGGAGAAAUGCCCUUCUUGUACGGCGGAAACGUCGCACGUUGGUCUGAGGAUUGUCCUGAGCACUCGGGUGUAGUUGUGUACAGUAUGAACGACGAGCCUCUUGGGUUCGGCGUUACAGCGCGCUCCACUGCCGAAGCCAAGAAGCUCGAUCCGACCGGUAUCGUGGUCUUCCGCCAGGCCGAUGCUGGCGAGUAUCUGAGAGAGGAGGAUUCCCUGUUCACCACCUAG